AUGCGGAAGAGAAACACCCAUUUAAUGGAUGAAACCUCACUUGAAACAUCCAAAUACGAAGCUGAAGGUGACGUUUACCCCACACCAAGCAGAUGGCUGAUCGACCCCCACUUGGAAGAAAGACUCAACGACAUCGAUGAGCUUAUUCAGUCUACCGUAGGAUUCGCCGAUUCUUCAAGUGCUGGAGAGCCACCACUUUCUGAGUCAUAUAUCACUGAGUUGAGAGGGUUUUUUCCAACUAGUGGGGAACUGCCAAAUGAAUUAACUGGAAAUAGAACAGGUUAGAUCCAAGGAGACUUGAGAAAUUUCUUCAUCCCCUAAGUAGUUGUCUUUGUAUCAAGUAGGUGAUAGAUUUUGCACUGGAAAUCGCUAUAACAUAGAUAUAUCUUUCCUAAAAAUCAAGAGGAACAAAAUUCGAAAGUAAAAUAUAGUAGGUGGAACGUUUUUCUACUUUAACAAAAGCCACCUGCUAAAAAGCUUAUGGCAUUAUCAGCCAACGUAAAGUAAAUAGUAGACAGAGGACCACUAUACAUAUGGGUGCUUUCGAAAAAUGUUACGCAAUAUUGCUUUUCUGCUUUAUUUCUCUGAUAAUGUUUAGGUGGUUCAACGAUUUUUAAGUCCAAAAAAUAUACAUUUGUUGCAGUGUUAAGAUUUCCGAAUGCUCAGGAAUUAAUUAGAAACGAGUGACUUUCGUAAUAAACUAUAAUUAGUUUCAGAUAUAGAGCACAUUGGAGGAAGCCUUACGACUCGCCUUUUGCCGGCAAAAAGGUCUCUUAGGUUGAAUUAGUCGUCCACAUAAUAAAUCUUAAAGAUGAAUAUGACAAAAAGACCAAGAAAACCCACCUAGGGUUAGAAUAUUGCUUGGAUGAGGCAGAAGUUACCGUUGUGGUGCAAGCUUCGGAUACAAUCAUCAGAGUUCGAGCUUAUACUCAAAUGUGUCCUCACGCUGCGAUUCAGACAAACGACAUUACAGGUUGGUCGUUGAACGUUUGCUUGAUUGUGUGUGAAGUACAUGUGCAGGUACAUCGAAUUACAACAUUGGACACCAUAGCACUGGGCUAUAGAUGUAGUCCCAAUCCUACAAGUACAUUUAAACUGUUUGCCUUUGAAAAUUUAUUUUGAAUGAAGUACGUACUUUUGACUUCUUACUUAGUCAUAGGCAGAAAAGCUCUUUGUCAUGUGUAAAACUUAAAUGUAAGCUUUGUUGCCUGUAGUUCCUGUUGAACUUGGAGUGGAUGUUCAUAGAAGUGAACCAAGAGUCCGAUUUAUGACCAUAGAUCUUGGUUCAGUUUACAAAAUUGCAAACGGAGAUUCAGUGUACUGGCUUGUAAAGGCAGAUUUCUUGCAAAGAAAUAACUGGCAACUGAUAAUCUAUGUGGAUUUUAUAUCAGGCUUAGCUGGAUCUGUAACCUCAAGACCAUUUAGGGUUACUACCAAAGCAAACAGCAAAACGGAAAGGAAAGGAGGUAUGUAAUCUAUUCGAGAUGUCAAAAAUGUGUGUGUGCAAAGCCGAGGAUUCACAGACUCCGGCACUGUGUUGAGGUCUCCAUACCUUUGUAAAUGUCAUGUAAAGUUCCUAGUAGGUUAGAGGACUGAAUUUGACACGAAAGAGUGCAUUGGAUGCUUUGCUUGCACACGGUUGUGACACUUUGUAAGAUUAAUUAAACUCAGCUUGGGAUAAUUUUUCAAUGAUGACCUAGCUGUAUGAGGCCAUAGUUACUGCAUAUGUCAAAGUUCAAGAGAAUUGAAUUGAAUUGAAUUGAAUUCUCGACAACAUGCAUUGCUCAUUUUCAACGAACUGGUCCAAGGUGACACGAUAUAUUUUUUCUUUAUCCAAAUUGUCCUGUUAAUUAGACAGGCAUUUGUUACAGAAUAAGAGCCAAAGAGCAGAAGAGCAUUAUCUAUGUAUCUAGAUCUUCUGUGGGUAACAAGUAUUUUCUAUAAACAGAACUGAUCUUCGUCUAAAAAUCUUAUUAAACGACACUAUUUCUUCAUCGGAUUUGGGAGGAUGAUUACCAGCACCACCUUUUGACAAAGUUUCUCUGGGUCUGGGUGUCACUGUGAUCUCGUGCAAACACAAUAUUGCCUGAGAGACAGUGAGUGGAUCAGAGUUGCCAGGUACUAUGGUGAAGAGACAGUUUUUUAUGUUCCUGGUAGAUAAAGUGAGUUGUUUUUUAGGCUGAAAGCGUUGAAAGUAAAUGCGAAUGUUUCUGAAAGCCGUUUUUGACCUCUCUAGCUUGUAGCUUUUGUUUUCCCAACAGAGGUCGUAGGGAAACUUGACCCUUUGACUUUUUAUAAAUUAUGCGUAGAUUAUAUGCUCGUGAAUACGUCGAAAUUUGAAAGAAACAGUUCUCCAGAGUAUUAUCACAUGACCUGUAUUGGGAAAACAAAACGUACAGAGAGAGGUCUAUUGAUUAAACAUUUCAAUUAAUUUGGAAGCGUAAAUGACAGUCUCAAACCAGAGAGACUGGUUAGGUAAUAUUACCAGAAGGUUUUUCAACUGUUCUGGUUAAGUAAAUGUCUUUAUGUAUUUUAGUGCACGCUUUCCUGUUUUUGUACAACAGGUAAAUAAGUUUUUUUAAACACUUUAUCUACCUUUCAUGUCUGUUUUCUAUGUCGAAAUGCUUUCCACCUGUCCAAUUUAUGAAUGGCAGAAAGGGAGCGAUGAUAUAAGUAUCUGAUUAUUUUUUGCUUUAAACACAAAGUAAAGGCGUUGAAAUAAGGUGCUUUGUAAUUAUGAGAAGAAGAAAAAACGAGCAUGGAGCCGACGGCUACAACAACGGGAACAACGAAAAGGCCUUUUCUAUUCCGUUGUCUUCGCCUUCUUUUUCUAAUACUGAUACUAAUUUAUUAGUUAUAUGGCGCUUUAUACAGGGCUCUAGGUAAAGCACUAAGCAAGAAAUAUCAAAACUUUAAAAUAAUGAAAAAAACGUCAAAUUUGUUAGAAAUCGAAAAGUCAGGUGACAAUAUAGUUGAAAGUUAAUCAAGUGCUUUACAGGAAAUGAUAUAAAGGAUUUCUUCCUUAGGGUCAGUCGCUGGCUCCUGUACGGUAUAACGACUGUUUCACAAGGUAAAGGCGUCGGAUGGCUUCGUAGUUGCUGAAUGAAUACUGUACAGAACAUAAGGUUCUUCCAAGCAGUGAAUAUUCAUUUCAAAAAGGUUAGUCAGGACUUCAGUGCAUUCAGACUCAUGGUCAAAAACAUAUGCCAAAAUAUUUGUGAUUAACAAUUUCCCCUGAAAAUCAAGGGUAUAGAACAACAUGCUCUAAAGGUAACUAUGCUGGGUUUGAGGUCAAUACCUUCCUGCAUUGAGACUAGUAAAAUAUUGGACUACCUCCCGGAGGUAGUCUCGGCACGGGUAAACGAGGCACGGUGCCAAAAUUUGGCGUGGCGUGCCGUGCCGAUUUUUUUAGCGCGUGUAAAUGGGGUUUUAAAGGCAAGCCACCUUCUUUAACUACCCUCGAUAUUUUUGAAAUAAAUUUCACGGUUGAAAUUGUGUUUGUGGUAGGUGGAAACAUUUUACGGUUGUGAUUGAAGGGUUCACCGUGCUGUUGAGGAGCCCAAGCUCCUUGCCUUGUUGAUCCGUACUCAAUCUAAGCCCUGUGGCCCUCAUCGCUGGAAAGUAAAUGGAAACUGGUCCGCUGAAGAGGAUUUUUCCUGGGCUUGUGGCCAUUGUUUCUUCGAACAUCGCAAAAAAUUUACCAUUCAAGACCACUUAAUUCGACAAGUUUGUCAGACGUCUAUCGCAAGUAAAAAAUCACGAGGGCAAGCUGGAAGGGCAAAAUUGAAACGCCACUUAAGUUGUGACCGGCGCGAGAGAAAAGGAUGAAAGUAUUCUUGGAAAGACACCCUUUCCGUGUAAACUACCGGGACGACAAAUUUUUGUGCUCGAUAUGUGACCUCUGUUCGACACUGACUGCAAAAGCCAUGAUUUUGUCGUUAUUUGUAGUUCAACUACAGAGAUGACAGCUCAUGAAAAAAUGCCUAAAUCUCACUGACUUGCUGUCCUGGACCCAGUUUUUCGAAGGACGAUUAGCGGUAACCCAGGGUUAAAUUUUAAUGCGGGUUUCUUUUUGUUUUGUCCAGAAGCAUUUCCCGGGAUAAUUUUCUCAAUUAUUUUUAGAGCAUUCAAUUAACAAAUUAUAUGCAAAAUGAAUUAAACUGACUGUUCUUUUCAAGCUUUCAUAUCUGAAUUCAAAUUUCGCACUUACGCUGGAUUAUCUUAACCCAGCUUUGGACAACCCUGCCCUGUUGCGCAAGUACACUUGCUUAAAAGCAAAAGAUAGUCGUGAGUAGGAACUUUAAUAUUCACCCAUAGAAUGUGUAGCUUUCAUACGAUAUGAAAAGCAUGUAUGAGAUAAUGAAAAGGGACAGUGAACUUGUGCGUUAGAAAAAUUCAGACAGGUUCGUUAAUGCGAAAGCAUAGGUGAUGGUCACAGUUGUUACAUGGCGACAACCUUAUUUAGGAGAUAGUUACAUUAUCAUCAUCGUCGUCGUCGUCGUCAUCAUCAUCAUCAACAUCAUUAUCAAAAAUAAUAAUAAAUUAUAAUUUAAUCACUUAUACUGUAUUGCACAUUCAAGUAUUCAUGAAAAUGAUCAAAUGUGCAUUACAAUGGUAAUAAAAGCAUAGAAAAAGAAAUCCUAUUUACAAUAUGAAAGACAAUAAGAAUAUAUACACUACUACAAAAAAAAGUCUGAAAUAUCGAUCUUUAACUGAUUAAAAUUCAUUUAACUGUGAGCAAACUUAAAAAGGUGCGUCUUAAGAUGGCUUUUAAAAUUAUGUAAGUACGGAAUGUCGCGAAGCUCGCGCGGUAGAGCAUUCCAUAACUUGGGCCUGUCGUCGUCAUCAUGAUCAUUAUUACUGUUGUUGCUGUUGUUGUUUUCAACAUCAUUUCCUGCGUGCUUAACUAGAAGGGUCUUCUCACAUAUUCAUAGCGUUUUAACUGGCGACAAAAACCCUCUGUGUACUAAAAGGGAACGGGUGCUAACAGUGCAGUAAGAGCGAUUUCAAAAGGAAUCGUCUUUAACCAUUCAAGUCCUAAGAUUGUUCAAAAAUAUACAUAACUCGGUCCUGAGAUACUUCAUAUUAGUGAAAUCCAACUGUGGUCUAUUAUAAAUGAUGUGUUCUGAUUGGUUGAGCUACUACUAGGCUAUAUGUUAUAGCCCACUAGUAGCGAAAAGCGCCGGAUUUUUGGCGGUAAAAAAGGAUUAAAUUUUUGCUUUAAGUUGUUUUGUCUCGAUAUUUUUGACCAACUAGUUGGAUUUUACGAAGUACAAUUAUUCCUCUCGCCCUCAUGGGCUCUGAGUCAAUAGUCCAUUUGGCCUCGGCCUCAUGGGCUAUUGACUCAGAGCCCAUUCGGGCUCGAGGAAUAAUUGUUAAUUACACAUAAUAACAACAACAACAAUGUAUUUAUUAAAAAAAAACAUAAAGUUUACAAUACUUUAUGUCCUGCAAACAGCUAUAAUGCUAAUCUAGGCAGGACAAGUCUUUGAAUAAAGACGUUAUUGAAUUACAUAAAAAAAAAGAAAAGAAAUACAAUAACAUACAGAAAGAAACACCUUACAUAUAAAUUCAAGUACAGGGGAUUUUGUUAUUUGAAAAAGACUAAAAUUACAACGGGAGGUAUAUACAACAUAUCAGGUUAACUUCAUAAAAUAUUCUAUUAAAUAAUUAACAUUCAAAUAAUUAUCUUCAUUGCCUAGAAUUAUUUAUAAUUUCCAUAUGAUGUCAUGUUUGACUUAAUUGUUAGUGUUUUGUUGAGGAUUAGGGCCAGGAGACAUGAUGUCCAUCAUAAAUACAGUCAAACCUCGUUAAUACGGACACUCAGGAGGCCAUCGUGAAAGUGUCCGUAUCAAGGGGUGUCCGUGUUAAAGGAGCUGUGUCACGGCAGUCCAGUUCAUUUUGUUUAAUUUGCCAAUUACUCGCCCUCAAUCGCGAUGGAACUUAAAGUAAGCAAAGAAAUUAUAUGUAAAUGACAAAAUCAGAGAUCCGAGACAAACAAAUAUGUGUCCUGAACAUUAUUUUUGAAGUUGCAAGCAGUAGGGAUCAACUUUGAACAGUUUUCAAAAAACCUACUUUCAAUCCGUUUCAAUCUUCUUGAGUUUUGCCCAUCCGUGUCAUCUUUUGUUUCUGUUAUGUUAUUUUAACCUUGCUUUAAAGUUUUAAGCGGUUAUUUUUAUGUUUCUGUUAAUUUAACGGACGUUAUAUAAUUUCCUAAUUUGGCUGAAUUUCGUGACACAGCUCCUUUAAGUGGGUCGAAGGUAGAGAAGAUGUAAGGGCUUUCUUUCCCAAGGGACAAGGAAAACUGUCCGUAAUAACAAGGUGUCUGCGUUAAGCGGGUGUCCUUAAAGCGGGGUUCGACUGGACCAAUUCAACCUUCCAAUGACGACUAUGAUUUCUUGACAGAGCUGGAUGAUCUUGCUUGUUUAUCUCUUCCUUUCUUUCAUUUUAUUUUACAGCUGUUGUGAUUUUAUUGAGUUGUAUAUCGCUGCCUGGUUAGCUCAGCUGGAUGAACAUCUGUUUGGCUCGGGAAGUUCGUGGGAUGAAACCCCUGCGCGACCACUAACAGGAUUUUCAAAAUGUGAUGGUAAGGCCUAG